UUACGGAAACACAUCCACGUCAUCUUGCUGCAUCACCAUACCAUACAGUACACACACGAUCAGCAGUCAGCCACCUCACUGGGGCUGGGAGAAAACCUGCAUGAUCCAUCUGUUUUCCCGAACCAUAUGGACCAUGGCGGUUUGGUCGGAUGAUCUGUGCCAGAUUUUCCUGUUGAUAAUUACUAAAAAGCAUCAUUUAGUUAUGUUAUUGCGUAAAGUAAGUCUUCGAGACUAGCAAUGUCUUACCCAGAGAGACAAACACAUCUUGACCCUUCAACCAGUUUACGUCAACGAAUAUCAAAAUCGGAUAAGGCGGAGAAAAUGGUACCGCAAAAUAAUAUUGAAAUCGAAAGUGAUCACGAGGAAAAAUUGGUAAAUGGAAGAGUAAAACUAGAGACAGUAGAUUCGGAAGAGGAGAUAGAAACAACACUAGACUCCUUGUUGGUGAAUUCAAAAGACACUCAGACUUUGUUGCCAAUUGCAGAAAGCCAUAUAAAAAUUAAAGAUGAAACUUCAAUGACUAUAUCUAUACAAAUAUUUCUGCCUUUUUUAAUUGCCGGAUUCGGAACAGUUGGUGCGGGUAUGGUACUAGAUAUUGUACAGCAUUGGGAUGUAUUUGAAAAAGUUGGAGAAGUCUUCAUCUUGGUGCCUGCUCUGCUUGGCCUAAAGGGAAACCUGGAAAUGACACUGGCUUCCAGGUUGUCAACAGCUGCUAACCUAGGGACAAUUGACACCCCAAAGGAACUAUGGAAAAUGGUCGGUGGUAAUAUGGCGCUAACACAGUGUCAGGCCAUCGUGGUGGGAUUCCUUGCAUCCUUAGCCGCUAUACUUAUGGGCUGGAUUCCAGAUGGAGAACUAGAUUUUAAUCAUACCCUUCUACUCUGUGCCAGUAGCCUUGUCACAGCAUCCUUAGCCAGUGGCCUACUUGGAUCGGUAAUGGUUGCUGUAGUUGUGUUGUCCAAACGAUAUCACAUAAACCCUGACAACGUGGCUACUCCUAUAGCAGCAAGUCUUGGUGACCUCACCACUCUAUCACUCUUAGCCUGGAUCAGUAAUAUACUAUACAAAGCAAUUGGUAAACAGCAUUGGUUAGCACCAACAAUCAUUGUAUUGUUUUUAGUCCUUGUUCCUUUGUGGGCAUACAUCUCACAUCACAAUUCCUAUACACAUGAGGUCCUGUAUGCGGGAUGGUCUCCUGUUAUUACCGCCAUGUUGAUUAGUAGCUGUGGUGGACUAGUCUUAGAUAUUGCAAUUCGUCAGAAUGCUGGUGUUGCAGUUUUUAGCCCCGUCAUCAAUGGCGUUGGGGGUAACCUGGUUGCGGUGCACGCAAGUCGGUUGUCAACGUCGUUGCAUAAGCUCGGUGCUCCUGGCACACCAGUGGAAGAUAGGUCAAGAUUUUGUAUAAACCCUUGCAGAGUAUUCUUCGUUGAUGGUCAGCAUUCAAAAACAGCAAGAGUUCUGCUUAUAAUGGUAAUACCUGGUCAACUGAUAUUUCUAUAUAUGAUAGCGUACAUAAAGGCUGGGCAUACCUCAAUCACAGGUCGAGUGACAGUAAUGUAUCUUUCUGUUGCAAUACUUCAGGUUGCUAUCCUGUUGUACACAGCUGAUUGCUUGAUUCAUUUUUUAUGGGAGAAAAAAAAGGACCCGGACAACUUUUCCAUUCCGUAUUUAACUGCUUUGGGCGAUCUUCUGGGAACAGCACUUUUAGCACUUGGCUUCUACGUCGUAUGGGAAGUGGGUGAUAAAGACAGUGAUAUUGGUGACUGAAGCAGUAGCCAAGAGGGACAUUUCUCUCCGUCUGACAAUUAUGGUCACCAGGUGAAGUCAUCUGAUUUAAAAUCCAAGAUCCAAGGUCGCCGACGGGGGAGGGGGGAUGAUGUCCCGGACGAGAAAAAAGUGGACGUGGUCGGGCAUCGCUAAAAAACUUUCAAAAGUGGUCCAGGGACGUAGCCCCCAAAAAAUAUGACAAUUUAGGGGUUUCAAAGGCUUAUUUAAUCAAUUUUAGAAUCUAUUAAUAUGUACAAAAUACAUAUAAUUUUUUUGAAUUUUUCUUUCUCCCCAAUGAAUUGUGGUUUUUCUCCCCGACAGGGGGAAGCAAGGCCUCCCUGAUGUGGGGGAGGGGAUGAAGCCAUGCCUCCCCCCCCCCCGCCUCGUUGCGCCGCCACUGUUCAGAGGAAAGCAUUAUAAACCUUUUAUAAACCUUUUAUAAACCUUUUCUAAGCACCUUGUAUCCUUUGGCAAAAGGCGCUAUAUAAAUUUCUAUAUUAUUAUUAUUAUUAUUAUUAUUAUAUUUUUUUAAUUGUUUUCUCAUGACAUUAGUUAAUAAUAAAUGUGCCACAUGCAUCUUGGCGGAAAAUGAAAAUAAAUUGGAGAGAGAUGAAAAAGAGUAUACAGUGUCUUAAAUUGCUGAAUUUCAUAUAAAGAAUAUGAUCUUAUGUUGUAAAAGAUCAGUAAGCAAGAUUGCUAAAUGCUUUUUAAAUUCAUGUAAUUGCAGGAAAAAAUAAGGAAUUUUUCUGUAGAGAUAUCUCGGCAGUGGAAAGCAUAAUUGCAGUUUUUUGAAAAUGUUUUUUUUUUUAUUUUAAUUUUCUAAAUCGGAGGGUGUGGUAUUAGGUCAAAAAUAGGAUUAUAGUUGUAGUCAGUAUCACUAUUAUUAGCAUGCAGCGAGUUUCUAAAAACCAUGGUAAAACAAGAUAUAAAGAAUGUCUUGUGUUUAUAUAUUUAAUUAUUCAUAUGGAGUGCAAUUAAAAUUUAUUAACUACAAACAAUUUCACUUUUAAUAAUAUUGGGAGGCGUUUGCAGAAACGAUUUUAAAAUAUAUUUUUAAUUAUAGAUUUUUUUUUUCAUACUGCAAUCAUUUAUAAUAUAGUACUUAUGAAUUUGUAUGUAGAAUUUGAAAUGGAAUAUUUUGUCAGUAUGUAUUUUGUUAGUUAGGAUGUACAUACAUUAAAAAUUAAAAUUGGAAGCGUUGUGGAAGCGGUUUGGUGUAGCAGGAACAGUUGGGUUUCCCAACCUUAAGGUUGGGGUUUUAAUUCCUCGCUGUGUAUUUCACUUGUGUCCUUGAUCAAGACACUUUAUCUACAUUGCUUCUCUCCACCCAGGAGUAUAAGUGGGUACCCUGUGGGGUUGCCUGCUAUUGCGCCAAUAUGGCAGCAACACUCAAGCAUGUGGACCCAAUGACCACGCUUUGUAAACGGAAUAGGCGCUAUAUAAAUACUAAAAUAACAAGAAAAUAACAAAAUAGUGUGUGACCAAUCACACAGUGUGAUGCCCAUAUAUAGUCAUGGUGUGCCUAUAUAUGGUCAUGGUGUGAUAUCACCAUGACCAUAUUUAGACAAAAUUUGAUGGUCUGGAUAAGAUGGGUGGAGGUAUAAUUUGCAUAUAUACACACUGCUUUGGUAACUUUGUGUUUACAUUUUUUUUAUGAUUAUAUGAAAAAUAUGAGUAUGUCAAAAGUUUAGGGUCAAAAUCAUUAGUUUUAAAGUGUUAUUGUAAAAUAACCUUAUGGAAAAAUACUGUUUUUCAAAAACAAUAAUAUUAUUUCAAAUAAUUAUUCAAUAUUGAUCAAUAUGUACAUAACUAAAAAAUAUAUAUACAUAUCAGGACUAGAUUUGUUUAAAAUGAUAUGCUUUAUUUUUGAGGUUGUGAGAUAAAAAUUUGGCGCGUCACUUGUUAUUUGAGAAGUGAUCUUAUUUGUUACCAUUUAAAACCAGACUCAAUGUGUUGAAUUAACCUAACACUUUCAUCUAAAUACUGUAGACCUAUAAUGCUUUUUGUAUAGUUAGGCUGCUCUCACAAUUCGUGAUUAGAAAUAUGAAGUUAAACCUAACGUAACAAGAAAAGUGAGAAAGUAGAAUGGUUGUCCUUCCAUCAGCAGUGACGCAGUAAUUCUGUAAUCUUUAAAUGUGAUCAAUAAAUUUUACUUUUUACUUGCCAAAAUAAA